UUCUUUUUCAUACAUACAUACAUGAACGCAUUGGAAGCAGUCGCAAUGAAAAUGAUAGAGAAAACAAAGAAUUUUUUUUCUGAAUAUACAACACCACAAAAAUUAGUGGUAAAAUCCAGCAAAAUCGGAGUGCUUUAUCGUUUAUAUCAGUUAACAGCGAUACCAUAUGCUCUUUGGUAUGUGGCUUUGAUUGGAGGCCACCAGGAGACUGAUACCAUCCUAAGCUCUGUGACAACUAAAGUGAAAGGCAUCGCUCUAACAAACACUACCGAGCUUGGUGAACAGAUCUGGGAUGUGGCUGACUACAUCAUUCCAGCUCAGGAGGACGGCUCAUUCUUUCUGAUGACCAACAUGAUCAUCACACCAAACCAAACACAGUCAAAAUGUGCAGAGUAUCCAACCCCAAAAUCCAUUUGCACAUCUGACAUGAACUGCACCAAAGGCUUUAAAGAUCUUCAAGGGAAUGGUGUUCAGACAGGCAGAUGUGUCCAUUACUCUGAGUCUGUGAAGACUUGUGAAGUGUUGGGCUGGUGUCCUGUGGAAAAGAAAGUUGAACCUCCAAAUCCAGCACUCCUGGCAGAUGCUGAAAACUUCACAGUAUUCAUAAAGAACAAUAUUCAAUUCACCAAAUUUAACUUCAGCAAAACUAAUAUCCUACCAAAGAUGACCAGGUCCUACUUGGCAAAUUGUGCGUUGAAAAGAAAUAUGGACCCUGACUGCCCAAUUUUCAGAAUCAAAUAUAUUUUUGAAGAAGCACGAGAGGAUUUUCAGACCAUGGCAGUCUAUGGGGGAGUAAUGGCAGUGCAGAUCCAGUGGGAAUGUAACCUUGAUUUGAACUUGUGUGCUCCUCAGUACUCUUUCCGAAGACUAGACAAGAAGGGGCCUAAUAGUAGUGAACCCUCAGUGCACAACUUACGGUAAAGGAGAGGUGAUUCCUGAAGAAAGAAUC